AUGCAGGAAGAGUGCAUUAUUGUUGACAGAAAUGACAAGACUAUUGGAUCUGCCUCCAAGAAAGAGUGUCAUUUGCUAGACAAUAUAAAUCAAGGCAUGCUUCACAGAGCUUUCAGUGUCUUCCUCUUCAACACCAAGGGUGAACUGUUGUUGCAGCAGCGAGCAUCUGAGAAGAUAACCUUUCCUGAUCAUUUUACCAAUACCUGCUGCAGUCACCCUUUGAGUUUCCCAGAUGAGCUGGAUGAAACAGAUGCAAUUGGUGUCAAGAGAGCAGCUCAGAGGAAGCUGAAGCAUGAGCUGGGGAUUGAGCCCGAGCAGGUUCCCCUGGAAAAUUUCCACUAUCUGACACGCAUCCUGUACAAAGCAGAAAAUAUACCCAAGGACAAUAAGUGGGGCGAGCAUGAAAUUGAUUAUAUUCUCUUCAUCAGAAGAGAUGUUGAUGUUAUAGCCAGUCCCAAUGAAGUGAAAAGUUACAGAUAUGUCAGCCAGAGUCAGCUGAAGGAGCUUGUUGGUACAGCAGACAAGAAUGGCAUUUUACUGACUCCAUGGUUCAAGCUUAUUAUAGAGAAUUUUCUGUACCAGUGGUGGGACCGACUUGAUCACAUUGAGUCUGUGGCAGACAGGGAAACAAUCCACAUAUUAUCUUAG